UUGCGGUGGUUUUUCUUUCUGUGCGUUGUUGCUUCGCUUCUCGUGCCGAGUGUCAGCUGCGUGCAUGCAGCCGUGUUCGUUUCCUGCACGCGCGACGGAAAACAUUUCAGUCGCCCCGGCCGUCUACUACCGGCGCUGUGUUGUUGCCGCUAAGGAGCGUCGGCUGCUGCUCUCGGCCAUGUCGUCUGCCUGACCGGUGUCGUCUGCCAUUGAGCACCUCCGCAUAGGUGAAUAGGUGUUGCUUGCUGCCGGCAACAAAAACGAAAACGAUGCAGUGCGUGCUGAGGGACAAGUUCCGGCUUUACCCGAACGCCGAGGACGACUACGACGUGACGCUGUACGAGAGCUCACUCGUGUUCGAGCCGUGCGUCAAGGGCAAGGGGUUGGCGCAGUACCGAGCGCGCACCGAGGUGAAGCUAGAAGACGUGAUCGGCUGUCAUGUGAUGCGCGUAGCCGAAAACGCCACGGGUUUGAAGAGGAGCGUGUCGUACUUCUGUGUCUACGCCUACCACCUGAUUCCGAAGAAGAAGCAGAACCUGUGCCAGCGACGCCAGAAAAGGACGUACGUGUUUGCGGUGGACCAGAGUGACGAGUACGAGGCGAACCUAGCCGUGUCCCGAGUAUGGCAGUCGGCAUUCCUCUGGCUACUCCGAGGCGUCAAGCCCGAGCGAGGCGGCGAUGGCCGGGCGUUCAUUCCAGCAGAGCUUCCCGCGCAGCGACACUACCUGGUCAUCGUGAACCCCAAGAGCGGUCCCGGUCGAAGCCUUGAGAUCUUUCUGCACCGGGUGCGACCGAUCCUGGCCGAGGCCGACAUCUCCCACCUGCUUCUCGUCACCGAGCGGCGGAACCAUGCGCGGGACUUCAUCAAGAAUCUGCAUCUCAAUCAGUGGAGCGGCAUUCUCAUCAUCUCCGGCGACGGGCUGCUCUACGAGGUGUACAACGGCCUCAUGGAGCGACCGGACUGGGAGCUGGCCGUCAAGAUACCCAUCGGCAUGAUCCCCGGCGGCUCGGGCAACGGCUUGGCGCGUACCAUCAGCCACGCCGCCAAUGAGCCUUACGUGAGUGAUCCCAUCCUGGCCUCGACGCUGGGCAUCGCCAAGGGUCGGGUGGCCCCGCUGGACCUGAUGAAGGUUGAGACCCCGUCGGGACCCCUGUACUCCUUCCUGAACGUCGGCUGGGGCAUCAUGGCCGACAUCGACAUCGAGUCCGAGAAGCUGCGCGCCAUCGGAGAGAUACGCUUCACCCUGUGGGCAUUCUGGAGGGUCUUCAACCUGCGCACGUACAGCGGUCGGAUCUCGUACCUGCCGGCGAGCGAGAAGAUGGUGAAGGGCAGCAACGGCGUCAUCUCGCGGCUCAUCACAUCGUCGCGCAACGGGCCGACCACUCCGCCACCACGCAACCGGUCGUCGGGCGCCGACCUCGGCGAUCUCUGCGGACAGAACGGCAACACGAGGACCUUGAACAGGUCCAAGAGUGCUCCGGAGGGCCACCCCGCGGGCGAUCACGGCACGUCACGCAGCGGAGAGAACGAGGCCGCCUUGGAGAGGGCGACGGAACGCGCCGUGCCCGGCGGAGCCGAGGACCAGGCGUCUUCUCCGGUCACGGGCGAGGAACUGCCGCCCGAGCUGGAGUUGGUCGCCGAUUCGAGCGUCGGACGUGUGCCGGGGCCCGAACCACAGGAGCCCACGCUGUCGACACCCGAGUGGUUCCCAGCGCUGACGGACCCGGUGCCGGACGACUGGACGGUGGAGGAGGGACGCUUCAUCAUCUGCUACUCGAGCAUGGUCAGCCACCUGGGCACCAACCUGUUCAUCGCGCCCGAGUCUCGGCUGGACGACGGCAUCGCCUGGCUACUUAUCAUCCGCGGCGAGGUGUCCCGCUUCCAGGUGCUCAGCUACUUCAAGGCGCAGGAAGCCGGCCAUCACGUGGACUUACCCUUUGUGCGGCUCAUACCGGUGCGCGCGUUCCGCCUGGAGACUUUCUCGGACAGCACCAUCACCGUGGAUGGCGAGCAGGUCAAGACGAGGAUUCUGCAAGCUCGUGUGCUGCCUUCCUUGGGACGAAUUCUGACUUUCUAGGAUCCUACGAGACGACGUGAUAUUAGACUCUCAAUU